UUUUUUACAUAGACGAUCUUUGGCUGUACUUUUUGCUCUGACGCGACGGUUUGGCUCCGUGCCAGGCUGUCAGCAAAGAUCCGCAUCCCUAUCCUUGGAUGAAAUAUCCCGGUUAAGACGAAAGACGGACAAAACCCUGAACCUAAUUCUCAACAUGGAUGUUUCUGCUGAGCCAGUGUAAGUAUUUUUACUGAGCUCCAUAUUAACACCGGCCCCAUAGUGGAUGUCAGGAGAUGAGACUCGUCGGCCUCAGAACACAACAUGAACAUCCAGACACUGGGGGGCGCUAUAGGGGAGUCCCUUGGCUCUAGCCUGACGGUGCGUAUGAGCGGAGUGAGUGCAGGGUGGGGCGCUCUCUCCCUGAAGCCUCUCUCCUCUGGACGGGUCACCUCUCUGUUCCAGACCAUGGUUCCCACUGGGUACACCAAGCUGCAGGAGGAGCGGCUGGCCAUGGUCGACCUGGGGGCCAAACCCGAGGCCUUGCCGCACCAGAACGGCUACCGGCCUGAAACAUCUCACACAGAGGGCCGGCGGCACCUGGACCGCACCGCUCGGUCCUCAGUGACUUUAUCUGAUUGCGGCGAUGGGUCCUAUUCUGAGACGGAGCCCAUGCUACCCAAGGGGAGCCUCUCCGGAGAGGAGGCGGAUGAGGAGGAGGAGGAAGAUGACGAGGAAAAGCAGGGAUCUGAUGCCCGGAAUAUGCCCAAGGAGUCGCCGUGGGCCAUGGCGCUGCAGAUCCUGGUGCCUUUCCUGCUGGCUGGGUUUGGCACAGUGUCAGCUGGCAUGGUGCUUGAUAUAGUGCAGCACUGGGAGGCCUUCAGGUACAUCACAGAGAUCUUCAUUCUGGUUCCUGCCCUGCUGGGCCUGAAGGGAAACCUGGAGAUGACACUGGCCUCCAGGCUUUCCACGGCGGUGAACGUGGGCAAGAUGGAUUCUCCCAUAGAGAAGUGGAAUCUCAUCAUAGGAAACUUGGCACUGAAGCAGGUUCAGGCCACAGUGGUGGGCUUCCUAGCGGCCGUAGCAGCCGUGGUUCUUGGUUGGAUCCCAGAGGGAAAGUUCCAGAUGAGCCACGCUGUGUUGCUCUGCUCCAGCAGUGUGGCCACGGCCUUCAUCGCUUCCCUGCUGCAGGGUAUCAUCAUGGUGGGUGUGAUUGUGGGUUCAAAGAAGACAGGCAUCAACCCAGACAACGUCGCCACGCCCAUCGCCGCCAGUUUUGGUGACCUCAUCACCUUGGCCAUCCUGGCCUGGAUCAGCCAGGGCCUCUAUAACUGCCUAGAUUCCUACUCGUAUGUGUCGACGCUGGUGUGCGCCUUCUUCCUGUGUCUGACUCCGCUGUGGAUCGUCAUAUCCUCCAAGCACCCAGCCAGCCGCACCCUGCUGUACUCCGGAUGGGAGCCAGUCAUCACUGCCAUGGUCAUCAGCAGCAUCGGAGGGCUCAUUCUCGACAAAACGGUGUCUGACCCAAACUUGGCUGGAAUCGUUGUGUACACCCCGGUUAUCAACGGUAUUGGGGGGAAUCUGGUGGCUAUCCAGUCCAGCAGGAUCUCCACUCAUCUGCAUUUCCACAGCGCUCCAGGCGAGGUUCCUGAGGAGGCCAAGGGCUGCUACUAUCCCUGCCGCACUUUCUGUGGUUCAGGAGCUAAUCACCGUUCUGCUCAGGUGCUCCUCCUGCUGGUGAUCCCUGGUCACCUGAUCUUCCUCUACACAAUCCACCUGAUGAAGAGCGGCCACACCACACUGACUCCCAUCUUUAUGGCCGUCUACCUGGCUGCUGCUCUGUUACAGGUGUUGCUGUUACUGUGUAUAGCCGACUGGAUGGUGCACUCCAUUUGGCGAAGCGGUAAAGACCCAGACAGUUUCUCCAUCCCGUACCUGACGGCCCUGGGCGACCUGCUGGGCACUGCCCUCCUGGCACUCAGCUUCCACUUCCUGUGGCUCAUAGGGGACCAGGACAGCGACGUGGGCGACUGAGGCAACCUUCGGCCUCACAAGUCUGCGCGGUGAAGAGAAAACUUGCUGCCUGCUCGUCCAACAUCUCUUGGCCUGUGGCCUUGCGGGAUUUCAGGGGCGUUCGCUGUCGCAAGCCGGCACGUUCCCCCUGCUUCUCGCCCUGGACGAAACUUCACUGCACUUACCAGAAUGCUGCCGGAGACAACCAGGUGCUUUUUCUAUUCUCACCAAUGACACUGUAUUCCAUAAAUUCAGAUUCUUCUCACCGAUCGUCUGACGAAGAGACUUUAAUCCGUGUUGUUUGUUUGCACCGAGGCACUUAACGUAUUAUGCUGCUGGACCGUUCACAGGGUGGGAAAAGUAACACCAGCCGCUGCCCAGAAUGCUGGUAAAAUCUUGCCAUCGUCGGCAAGGAUGUCGUCUCUACCAGCCACUCUGGCAGGUAACCAAGCAUCUUUAGGAAAUCUUAUGUUAUUAAAAAAAAAAAAAAAAUCUAAUCAUGCAAGUGGCUGGGGAAUUUGUGGCAUUUACCACCCAAAGUGGCAAAAAAAGUUUGUUUCUCGCCUUGCCCAUUGCUGCUUUGCGUCAUAUAUUCAGCGGGCAGAUACAACAGAUAGUAGCAAAGAGAGAAAAGCAAAUGACUCUAGGUGGAGUGUGGAAUUUAUUAGUGUUAGUUAUUUUGUUCCAGAUCAGCUCUUGAACACACACUUUGACCUAGAUGUCGCAGAUGUACCAGCAGCAGAAUGAAGCAGGAUGAUGUAAACAGAACAAAUCAUUGUAUGGAUGGUACAAAAAAAAAUUUUGACAUCUCUCUGUAUGUCUACUCUUUUUUUUCUUUUCUUUUCUUUUCUUUUCUUUUGGUGUCUGGACUCAACUUCUGUCUACAGUGCACACAAUGUUUCUACAUUUUCAGUUUGUCUGCGUCGUCCUCUGCACGGUUCGCCUUCUAUAUGUCAAUGUUAAUGAUAAUGGACCACGAGAAAUCAUCUGGAUAUUAUGUCCCCCUUCUCCUUUUGUCUUUUAUUCAUUUCCUCUCUUUGUUUGUCCUUUUGUCUGUUGUCCCUGAUGGGGGACCGGUUGCACACCUAGAGCAGGGCCACGUGUCACCACAGCGGGACCGUUUACUCCUGACGGUGAAUGCCUGCAUGCCGAUCACAUGCUGUUUACAUGAAUGCGCAGUGUGUACGUCUGCGCGCACACGAUCCAGUCUGGAAAAGAUCAAGGCGAUACUGUCAUUUCAACUUACUGGCCUGAUUAUCUUAUCGGGGUAAUCUCAUCAUCAUCAGCGUGAGCCUAACGUGAUUAACACACCCGGUUUUCUGCAAAAACCUUUUUAUUUUGUCUUUGAAUCAAUUCCAUUCAAACUGUGCUGUGUCAGGAAGGUCAGAGGAAGGGGAUCCAGAUGCGGCGGCACCCAGCUAAUCUGAUUAUCAGAUCCGUCCACGUUAAACCCGGGUUAUUUGAGGAAAUCACAUUACUUACACAGCAUGUUAACACUGAAAUUGAAGUAUCACCUUAAUCUGAUUAAUGACUGGAGUGCUGUGUGCAUGUCAGCGUAGCCAGUGGCUCUCUUCAACCUAAUUCCAAUGAUAUGUGCCUCUUGAGAUUCACUGGUUGACAAGGUAUUAUUUCUCUGUCAUGCCAUAAAUAUUACUUCUUUUUUUUUUUUUUUACUGCGUUGUAAUACUGUGCAAUUAAGACUUAUUUUCUUUUGUACUCGCUGUCUUCUGAGACAAUGACUUUGGAGUGUUUGAAGAGUUUCAUUCCACAAUAAGAUAUCUGCCAUUGAACACACAAAAAAAGAAGACAAGCUCUGACAUGAAAGUAAAACUGACUAAUAGAUAUCAUCAAAGCUGUCAGCUUUCAAUACCAUAAGCCCAAAAAGAAAAAGAAAAAAAAGAAGAAGAAGAAAUUCUACAAGAUUAAGUGAAUAUCAGGUAGCAUUUAUUUUGUCAAAAACUGGAGAUAUCGCCUGUUGGAAUGGAACCCUUCUUCUUCUUCUUGCUUUGUGGCUCAUACAGGCCUAAAUGUUUUAAUAAAUGUCUCACGUUUGGGGAAAAAA